AAUGAGCAUGCGAGUCCUGUGCCAAAAGCUCCUAAACCGAGAGAAUUAUCUACUAUGGCUAACUCUACUGUGCAACACUUAAAUGUUCCGCCUCAAUCUUCUAUUAGUGUGCCAAGUGUUCCCUCUUCAUCCUGUGCAUUUACCAACCAUGCCCCACCUGCACCGUGUCCAUUCUUUAGCCCCAAACCAACCUUCCACAUUGUCCCAAUCCACCUCACAUCUUCGCCCACCUCAUACUUCCCUAUUCGCAAAGUCUAUAGUUGUGUCCCCUUCCCUUACUGCCACCUCACAUCUUCGCCCACCUCAUACUUCCCUAUUCGCAAAGUCCAUAGUUGUGUCCCCUUCCAUUACUGCCACCUCACUCAUGACCACACCUAAUCCUAUUGCUUCCUUACCCACAGGCUCACCCUUGCCCACUCCUGCUACCAAGUUACCCACGACUCCAUCCUUACUCUAUUCUUCCACUCCCACCUCAAAGCUCACUCACCAUCAUCCAAUGGUUAUUCAUAUUGAAGAUGGGACUAAAAAGAUGCGUCUCUUGCCCUCUAUGGUUUCUACUGUUGUCUCCAUGCCGAAACCUAAAACCUUUGCUCAUGCUAUUAAGCAUUUUGAAUGGUGUAAGGCUAUGAUUGAGUAGUAUACCGCUCUAUUAUGCAACUGUACUUGGGUUUUAGUUCCUUGUUCUCCUCAUGUUAAUGUUAUUGACUCCAAACGGGUGUAUUGCAUUAAGCAAAAAUCUAAUGAUUCUAUAGAGCAUUACAAGGCUUGUUUAGUUGCUUAGGGUUUUACUCAAUAGCUUGGUGUUGAUUAUGGUGACACAUUUAAUCCUGCGGUUUUGCUUGUUACUAUUUGCACUAUCUUGACACUUGAUAUCUCCUACAGUUGGUUUAUUCACUAGCUCGAUGUCAAGAAUGCAUUUUUGAAUGGUGAACUUUCUUAGCCUAUUUAUAUGUCCCAACCUCCUGGUUUUACUGAUGCUUCUCGUCUGAGUUAUGUUUGCAAGUUAUAGAAAGCUCUUUAUGGACUCAAGCAGGCUUCUCAAGCUUGGUUUUAGCGGUUUGUUACUCUGUUGACCUCCCAUGGUUUCUUUUAGGCACAUACAGAUUCUUCUAUGUUUAUCAGUCAGACUUGUGGCUCUAUUGCUAUUUUAUUAUUAUAUGUGGAUGACAUUCUCUUAACUACUUCUACUUCUGCCUUAUUAUCUACGGUUAUUUCUCUACUUAAGUGAGAGUUUCUUAUGACUAAUUUGGUAGCCUUGAAUUAUUUCUUGGAUAUUUCUACUAGCUUUAACUUUGACGAUUUAUUUUUGCAUCAAUCUAAGUAUAUUCUUGAGUUGUUAGACCACAAUGGUAUGUCAGAUUACAAGCCAGUGAGUACUCCACUUGAUAGCAAGAAAAAGUUUGUUGUUAUUGACAAUCCUUGUUAUUUUGAUCUUUCUACCUAUCGAUGACUUGUUGGUGCCUUAUAAUAUAUUACUUUCACAUGUCUUGAUAUCUCUUUCUUUAUUUGACAAGUUUCUCAGUAUAUGCAUGAUCCGAUUGUUUAUCAUUUUUAGGCUGUUAAACAGAUUCUUCUAUAUUUGAAAGGUACUCUACACUUUGGUCUUUAGCUUAAUCAAGUUUCAUCCCUUUG